CGAGCCGUCCCAGGGUGCCCCGCGCGGCGUGGACUCGGGCCGCUGCCGCCAUCCCGCUGGCGAGAGGGAGAGAGAGGCCCGCCCGCUCGCCGGUCGGGCCAGUGUGGGCUAGUGCGUGAGGGCGCGGGGGGCCGUGUCAGCGAGACGCAGAGCGCAGCCGCCACCGCCAAACGGACAUGUUGGAGCCCAGCGCCGCCGCCGCCUCCUUUUCCUCAUCCUCCGAACGGGACUGAGAGGGGGCCCGCCACCCUCCGCCUCUGCCGCCCGCCCCGCCGCCUCGGCCGCAGCCUCUUCCUGCCCGGCCUCUAGCUCCGCCGCUCGUCGCUUCCCACCGCCCCUCAGGCCCGGCCGGUUCCCCGGCCCCGCUCCGCCGCGGCGCGAGGUCUAUGUGACCGGCGGGCCCGGAGCAGCCGCCGCCGCAGCGCGAACAUGGACGCCGUCAACGCCUUCAACCAGGAGCUCUUUUCACUUAUGGAUAUGAAACCUCCCAUCUCUCGAGCCAAGAUGAUUCUUAUCACUAAAGCUGCUAUUAAAGCUAUUAAGCUUUAUAAGCAUGUAGUUCAAAUAGUAGAAAAGUUCAUCAAAAAGUGUAAACCAGAAUACAAGGUUCCAGGAUUAUAUGUAAUUGACUCAAUUGUGCGACAGUCUCGUCAUCAGUUUGGAACUGAUAAAGAUGUUUUUGGACCAAGAUUCUCUAAAAACAUAACCGCCACAUUCCAAUAUUUAUAUCUUUGUCCAUCUGAAGAUAAGAGUAAAAUAGUUCGUGUGCUGAACCUUUGGCAAAAAAAUGGAGUAUUCAAAAUUGAAAUUAUUCAGCCUCUUUUGGACAUGGCUGCAGGAACCAGUAAUGCCGCCCCAGUAGCAGAAAAUGUUACUAAUAAUGAAGGUUCACCUCCACCUCCAGUUAAAGUUUCUUCUGAACCGCCCCAAGCCACUACAAACUCUGUACCAACUGUACCACAGCUGCCUAGCUCUGAUGCUUUUGCUGCUGUGGCCCAACUGUUUCAGACAACUCAAGGUCAACAGCUUCAGCAGAUCCUUCAGACUUUUCAACAGCCUCCAAAACCGCAGUCGCCGGCCAUUGACAAUGCCGUGAUGGCUCAGGUCCAGGCUAUCACAGCUCAGUUAAAGACCGCUCCUGCACAGCCGCCUGAACAAAAAGCUGUUUUCCCCCCACCUGAGCAAAAAACUGCAUUUGACAAGAAGCUACUCGAUAGAUUUGAUUAUGAUGAUGAGCCAGAGGCUGUGGAGGAAUCCAAGAAGGAAGAUGGUGCCACCGCUGCCGCCGCUCCACCUGCCAUGGCUGUUGCGCCUCCCGCACCCUCCGCUACCACGCCGGCCCCCGCACCUGCCGCUUCCCCUCCACAGGCACCCUUUGGGUUUCCUGGAGAUGGCAUGCAGCAGCCAGCAUACACACAGCAUCAGACUAUGGAUCAGUUUCAGCCUCGAAUGAUGACGAUGCAGCAGGACCCAGUGCAUCAUCAGGUUCCACUUCCUCCUAAUGGACAGAUGCCAGGAUUUGGCCUUCUUCCUACACCUCCAUUUCCUCCCAUGGCUCAGUCUGUGAUUCCUCCAACUCCACCUGUGCAACAGCCUUUCCAAGCUUCUUUUCAGGCACAGAGUGAACCACUAACACAGAAGGCACAUCAGGAAAUGGAAGUCGAACAGCCUUGUAUUCAAGAGGUUAAGCGGCACAUGUCUGAUAACAGAAAGUCAAGAUCUAGGUCAGCAUCCAGGUCACCAAAAAGAAGGCGAUCUCGAUCUGGCUCUAGAUCUCGAAGGUCCCGCCAUCGACGUUCUCGAUCUCGGUCCAGAGAUAGACGCCGACAUUCUCCUAGAUCUCGGUCCCAAGAAAGGCGAGACAGAGAAAAAGAAAGAGAACGCCGACAAAAAGGCCUUCCCCAAAUCAAACCAGAAACUGCGAGUGUUUGUAGUACUACACUCUGGGUGGGACAGCUGGACAAAAGGACUACUCAACAAGAUGUUGCCAGUCUCUUAGAAGAGUUCGGUCCAAUUGAAUCAAUUAAUAUGAUUCCUCCCAGAGGUUGUGCCUAUAUUGUUAUGGUUCAUAGGCAAGAUGCCUAUCGUGCCCUGCAGAAACUGAGCCGAGGAAACUAUAAAGUAAACCAGAAAUCCAUAAAGAUUGCGUGGGCUUUAAACAAAGGAAUAAAGGCAGAUUAUAAGCAGUAUUGGGAUGUAGAACUGGGUGUUACUUAUAUUCCGUGGGACAAAGUCAAGCCUGAAGAACUGGAGAGUUUUUGUGAAGGAGGAAUGUUGGACAGUGAUACACUUAAUCCAGAUUGGAAAGGAAUCCCCAAGAAGCAUGAAAAUGAAGUUGCUCAAAAUGGAGGGGCAGAAACUUCACAUACAGAACCAGUAUCACCCAUACCUAAACCUUUACCAGUGCCUGUCCCUCCUAUUCCUGUCCCCGCACCUAUAACAGUGCCACCUCCACAGGUCCCACCACAUCAGCCGGGUCCUCCUGUAGUUGGUGCUCUCCAGCCACCCACUUUCACGCCUCCCUUGGGCAUUCCCCCUCCGGGUUUUGGUCCUGGUGUUCCUCCUCCACCACCUCCUCCACCAUUUUUGCGCCCAGGAUUUAAUCCGAUGCAUUUACCACCAGGUUUUCUUCCUCCUGGACCCCCACCUCCUAUAACUCCACCAGUGUCCAUUCCUCCUCCUCACACUCCUCCAAUAAGCAUCCCAAACUCUACUAUCGCUGGUAUAAAUGAAGACACUACAAAAGACUUAUCUAUUGGAAAUCCCAUUCCAACAGUGGUGUCUGGGGCUAGAGGAAAUGCCGAGUCUGGUGACAGUGUGAAAAUGUAUGGCUCUGCCGUGCCACCUGCUGCACCCACGAAUCUGCCCACCCCUCCUGUAACCCAGCCUGUUUCACUUCUUGGUACUCAAGGAGUUGCACCUGGUCCUGUAAUUGGGCUCCAGGCACCAUCCACUGGUCUUCUCGGUGCCCGACCUGGCCUGAUCCCACUUCAGCGCCCUCCAGGAAUGCCUCCACCUCACUUACAGAGGUUCCCUUUGAUGCCACCUCGUCCCAUGCCGCCGCAUAUGAUGCACCGAGGUCCCCCUCCAGGACCGGGGGGCUUUGGAAUGCCGCCACCUCAUGGAAUGAAAGGCCCCUUUCCACCACAUGGCCCCUUUGUUCGGCCUGGCGGAAUGCCAGGGCUCGGGGGCCCAGGGCCAGGCCCAGGGGGUCCUGAAGACAGAGAUGGAAGGCAGCAGCAACCCCAGCCGCAGCAGCCCCCACCGCCGCAGCCGCAGCCCCAGCAGCCUCCACCCGCGCAGCAGCAGCAGCAGCAGCAGCCGCCGCCGCAGCAGCAGCCACCGCCUGCACAGCAACAACCACAGCCGUUUAGAAAUGAUAACAGGCAGCAGUUCAAUUCAGCUGAAGAAAACUCUAGGGUCACCCGGAAGGAAAGGACUACAGAAGGUUAACUGUCCUCUGGGGCAGGCAACACAGAGUCCACGCCACUUGGGGACUACGAGAACCAGAUGCAGCUCCCAUGGGUAACUCAGGGCAAUCGCUUCCCACAAGUUUAACAAAUGGUGGUGACCUGCAAAUAUGAACAAAUACCAAUACUGAGGUCUGUCUCAUUUGGACGUCACGAAAUGUUCUGUGGAACUACAAGGGGGACACUCAAUCACGGCAGGAAAAUCCGGCCAUUUUAAAACCAGACGGUGACAACUACUGUUUCUCCACGAUACAGAUCUAGUACGACCAAAUGAAACCUACUUAAUUACCACAUCUCUGCAGAACAGUGUCACAACCAACCUACAUCAACCUAAUUCACCUUCACUGUGAUCAUCAAAGUAAUUGCUUUUCUUAAUCUGGACUGAAGGUACAAUGUGUGUGGAUCCUUAGAAACCAGGAAUAAUAAUCAUGAAUCCAUGGAAAGAUACAUGUCUGUGUAUUAGAAGAAAUGGUAUGCACAUCCUAGCAUACAAAAACUCACCACCAUUGUGCGGCCAAUGAUGGAAUAGUCUCCUGAGAGUGAGAUCAGAGAAUCUUCCAUAGACACAAUGGCCACGCCAUCCUUGCCAGCAGUCACAUUGCCCAGGUCUCCAACAUGCCUAACAGGGAAAGAGUCAUCAGGAACUGGGGCUGACUUCCAUUUAACAUCAGGCUAGUUGGUGAAUUAAGUUAAUGACUGAGUCAUACAUAAGGGUAGGUAUGGUAUGUAUCAAACAGGACCCACUCUUCCAGAUCGACAGAAUUUUGGGACAUACAAACUAGAAACAACUGACAUUCUAGACACGCUGCUCUUCAAAGCUUCCAAUCUACAAGGUAAUGCUAUGGGCAGAACUGCGGGAUGGGGACACAUCUCUGAUUUCAGAGGUAAAGUACUGAAGGGGAAACUUGAAGUUACUGAGUUACACCUGUUAAUUCUUGGCCUGGCUAAGAAUGCUAUGCCUCAGGCCUGUUAUAAAAAUAAAUUCAGCCCUGUCCUUAAAUUUAAUAUUUUCCUGAAAGGCUCUCAGGAAACACACAUGCAAAUGGACUCACUGAAUUUUCAGUAUCAAAUUUUUACCUACAAGGCUUCCUAUGUUUCACAAUGAUGGUUUAUGUUGCUGGUGGUUGACGUACUGUUACUCAUGACAUUUCCUGUAUUAGUUCCCUCUGGCACUUGUAUCAGUUCUAUAUUCAAUAAAUGCUACAAAACCAAA